AUGAAUUUCAAGAAGUUAGUUCUUGCAAUGACCUUUACAUACCUCCUGGUUGCAGUAAUGGCGGAAGAAAGCGGAGGAGUUGUGGAGUGCUGGGAGGCAUUGAUGGAGCUCAAAUCUUGUACUAACGAGAUUCUUGUCUUCUUCCUCAACGGCCAAGCGUCUCUAGGACCUGACUGCUGCCGUGCCAUUCAUAUUAUUAGUCAAAAUUGCUGGCCUUCAAUGCUCACUUCCCUUGGCUUCACCUCCGAUGAAGCUAACAUACUCGCCACCUAUUGUUCAUCUUCUUCUUCUUCUUCCUCCUCUGCUCCUGCUGCUGCGCCUCCACUUUAG